GCUUGUUGCGCACCGGAGCGGCGCGGGGUUCCGGUCCACCGGCCCCAUUUCCCAGCAGCCCCUGCGCUACGCCUUUCUCUUCCGGCCCGGCGGCGGCGGUGCAAGCAUGGCCAAGUCCAAGAACCACACCACGCACAACCAGUCCCGUAAGUGGCACAGAAAUGGCAUCAAGAAACCCAGAUCCCAUAGAUACGAAUCUCUCAAAGGGGUUGAUCCCAAGUUUCUGAGGAACAUGAGAUUUGCGAAGAAACACAACAAAAAGGGGCUGAAGAAGAUGCAGGCCAACAAUGCCAAGCAGGCUGCUCAACAGAAAAAGGACUGACGUGGUUUAAGACAAAGAAUCAGUUUUCCUAUUGGCAUGUGUGUUACAGCAUUUUUGUAAAAAUAAAAUUGGAUGUAACAAAGUCUUCACUUCCCAAAUUUGAGGAGAACCCUCCAAAAGUCUUGUUUUAGUUGUAUUUUAGAUGCCAGUCAUACGUGAAGCCUGCGUGUAGUGACCAGUGAGUGUUUUUGUUCCCUGGCAAGAUCAAGCCAGCCGGAGCUGUGGAGAGAUUUUGUGUUAAUAUUGUCAGCCUCCACACGCACAAAGUAAAGCACCUGCUCCUGCCUCAGUGCUGUUCUGCUGUAAUCGUUGGUACAGGUCAUGAGCUUUCAGUAGUUCAGAGUCUGCUUUCAAGUUGUGGAAUGGUUAUUGAGUGAAGCUCUAAAAUAGAAAAAACUUGUUUAAUUUUGUAUAAAUUGAAGCCAGCAUUGCUUGGACUGUUAGGCGUCAGUAUUCAAUACAGGAUGUAAAAUUA